UUUGCUAUAGGAGGGCGACCUCCUAGGGCAGAGGGUUCAUGAGUUUUGAAACUCAUGAACCGUGAGUGGCUUUGAAUGCACUGUAGAUGGCUGUGAAUAUACUGGCUUGCUGGUCUUGUCCGAAAUUCUUGUAAGUAGUAUUAAAAAACGCGUCUGAAAAAAAUACGGAGGUCUAGACAUUUCCAUGAAUUAUAGUGUGAUUUCGAUUGGAUUCGACAUGCAGUUUACACAUUGUUGAGAUUGUAUGAAUCUAACAAAUUGAAGAAAGCCCACCGGGAAUCUUUACUUGUCUCACGUAUGGCAAUUCAUUGAUAUUUUCUUUGACAGUAUAGAAAAUAUCGAUGUUCUAAGGGGCUAUCGAUGUGAUAUGAUCUUUUGCGAAAAUCGAGUUGGUCAUGAUCAAAUUAUUGAGUAUGGUGCUGCUGAAGCAGGUAAAUCGUAUGAUGGGGAGGAAGGUACAAAACGAUUAGAGGAAGGGUCAAAAAAGCUACCCAGGUGCCUAAAGGAUAUCUUCUCUAUUUGAGACCUUAUCUUGCCCAUGUGAAAAAACCAUGAUUCGUGAUACAAGUACGUUGGUAAUUCGUGGUGGUGAUUCAAUGCCCGGAGGUCAAGAUCAAAGAUCCAAACCAUUGGAUUCGUUCAUCCUGGUCUUGAAUCAUUUUUUAUGACUGCAGAUCGCCUUGGGAAUUACACAACAAGGAUAACAAAGUCGAAAAAACCCCAUAUCUUUAAUGAUAUCUCAGGCUUUUGGCUAAGCAGCUUUAGCCGCCUCUCUAUUCUGCUUGGAUCGCUAAAGAGGUUAUCAAGGACGUAAGAGAUAUACUGUAUGCAUCCGGUCAAUGUGAUAGUGCCGUAAACUCUAACUGGCUAGAUGACUACUGGGAUGAAGAAGA